AUGCCUCACGCGGGUCCCAUGGACUUCCAGGCCCUCAUCCUGUGUGGCCCUGGAGGUUCACUCAAUACAUUCACUUCCAGACCCGAGGAGUAUCCAAAGUGCCUCAUUCAAGUCGCAAACAGACCCAUGGUAUUCUAUGCCAUUGACUUUUGCAUACGAUCAGGUGUCACUAAUAUCACACUGAUCACCCCUGCGCUGGCCUUCCCUCCACUUCGAGCCGCCUUGGACCAAAAUCCACACCUUACAUCAUUCUACUCGCACCCAGUCUCGGUUAUUGCACCGAAAGACCUUGAAAUGACAAUGGGAACCGCCGAAGUGCUCCGCCUUCCCGAAGUCCAGAGAUGUAUCACCACCAAUUUCCUUCUCCUUCCCUGUGACAUAAUCUGCGGAGUUGCUGGUGAAUCAAUACUUGAAGCAUGGAUUUCUAAUCAGUGCGUCAAUGGCGAUAACAAUGAUUCUAAAGGGGCUCAUCACCCAUCCCGUCCAACCUCUGGGUACUUUGACCGUCAGCCGGAAUAUCGCUCCGGUGGUCUCGCUGUGUACUAUCAGACCGACAAUCGAGAGGAGAGCAUCCAGGAAGAAGCAACUGAUUUUGUAGCUAUCGCACCGCUCGAGCGGGACGAAGCACCCGUGAUCCCACCCCCCAAGGGACCAAUGGUCCCACGGUUCAGCCUCUCCAAACUCCUCAUGUCAAUGCCGAUGGAUACAAUCAAGGAAAAAAUGAAAGAAGACAAAGGUCUACUUAUUCGUCAUUCUCUUGUCCAAAACACCGCACGCAUCAGGAUGCUCACCACAUUCCGCGAUGCCCAUAUUUACGUCUUCCCCUACUGGGUCAAAGAUCUAGUCCACUACCAAACAAAACUGGAAUCCGUCAGCGAAGAUUUGGUAGGCACUUGGGCAAAGUCAGCAUGGCAGAAAGGUCUCGGCGAGAAGUUAGGAUUGACCAAGAACUUCGACGAAAACACCAUACCCGUCAAUCACAGAGAUCUCAGCCCCGCAAGCAGUCAUAGUGGAGCAUUCGUCGACAAAGUAAUCGACCUCCGCGAGAUUAGCACUACCAGAACUCGCGGUGGCUCUGAUCAGGUGCCAGACCAAUUCAAUCAAUCCACUGUUACUGAGCUGCCGCAAAUGCUAGCUUACGUUCACCGAGGAUCAGCCCCGUUCAUCAGAAGAGUUGAUAACACAGGAAUUCUUCUGUCAACUUCCCUUCUCCUGGCAAAACUGCCCUCUAUCGAGGAAGUCGGCCGCAAGGCAGCGUCGCCUUUCGCGCACUCUCAGAAAGUUGCCUACCCCGAAGGCAUCUCCUUGCCUAGCAAUAUUACGAAGAAAGAUUGUCUGCUCGGUGAGAAUGUGAUUGUUGCACCAGCGGCUGUUAUCAAGGAGAGUGUGAUCGGUGCGAAUUGUCAGAUUGCUGGAUCCGCGCGCAUCAUUCGUUGUGUUUUGAUGGAGGGCGUAGUUGUUGAGUCUAGGGCUCAGUUGACUGGAUGUGUAAUCGGCCGACGAGCUCAUAUCGGUCGCGAGUCUGUGCUAAAGGGAUGUGAGAUCCAGGACGCUAAUGUUAUUCCAAAGCACACGAAUGCCAGGGAUGAGAAGUUCAUGGUCUCUAAGACAUUGUGCGUCUGA